CGUGUCGAAUUGUCAAGUGUCAACUCAUAAAAUUGCGGUUUGUAGCGUCGGGCGAAAAAUAUUAUAUAAAGCAUCAGUUGUUUUUAUUUAAAAAAAUUAGAUAUUUGUGAAUUGUGAUUUAAUCCUCAAAUCAUGGCGACGACAUCUAAACCGCGUUCUGAGAUGACUUUAGAGGAAUUAGCCAAGAUAGAAGAGGAAGAAUUUAGUACGGGUCCUCUUUCUGUACUUACACAGUCCGUUAAAAAUAACACCCAAGUUCUAAUAAAUUGUAGGAACAAUAAGAAACUCUUAGGACGCGUGAAAGCAUUCGACCGGCAUUGUAAUAUGGUUCUUGAGAAUGUCAAAGAGAUGUGGACGGAGGUUCCGAGGACGGGUAAAGGAAAGAAGGGAAAAGCGGUGAACAAGGACAGGUUUAUCUCAAAGAUGUUCCUUCGUGGCGACUCGGUUAUACUAGUGUUAAGGAAUCCUCUGGCCACUGCAGCAGGGAAAUGAUUUCAUUAACUACAUUCUGAUUUAGGUUAAUUUUAUUAAUAAGAAUUGUCGUACAUUUGUGAAAACUUUCAUACAAAUAAAUACACCAAAACUGCACAAA